UGGCGCGCGCGCGCGCGCGCCCGCCGGAGGCCUGAGCGCUGCGGCGCGUGCGCGAGCGGUGCGGCACCGGCCGCGGGAGCCGGGAGUAUUAUGGGCUGUGGGCGCCGCGGAGCAAGAUGGAGCUGUCUGCAGUGGGCGAGCGGGUCUUCGCGGCCGAAUCCAUCAUCAAGCGGCGCAUCCGCAAGGGCCGCAUCGAGUACCUGGUGAAAUGGAAGGGCUGGGCGAUCAAGUACAGCACUUGGGAGCCCGAGGAGAACAUCCUGGACUCGCGGCUCAUUGCCGCCUUCGAGCAGAAGGAGCGGGAGCGUGAGCUCUACGGGCCCAAGAAGCGGGGACCCAAGCCCAAAACUUUCCUGCUGAAGGCGCGGGCCCAGGCCGAGGCGCUCCGCGUCAGCGAUGUGCAUUUCUCUGUCAAGCCGAGCGCCAGCGCCUCGUCGCCCAAGCUGCACUCGAGCGCGGCCGUGCACCGGCUCAAGAAGGACAUCCGCCGCUGCCACCGCAUGUCCCGCCGGCCGCUGCCGCGCCCCGACCCGCAGGGCGGCAGCCCCGGGCUGCGGCCGCCCAUCUCGCCCUUCUCGGAGACGGUGCGCAUCAUCAACCGCAAGGUCAAGCCCCGCGAGCCCAAGCGCAGCCGCAUCAUCCUCAACCUCAAGGUGCUCGACAAGAGCCCGGCGGCGGGCGCGGCGGCGGCGGCGGGCGCGGGGGCCCUGGCGCGCCCCAAGGUGCCGUCGCGGAACCGGGUCAUCGGCAAGAGCAAGCAGUUCAGCGACAGCGUCCUGCGCACGCAGCUGCGCCACGUCAAGCUGGGCUCGUUCGCGCUCUACAAGCCCCCCGCGGGCCCGCUGCCCCCCGCCGCCGCCGCGCCCCCCGCGCCCGCCGCGCCCGCCGCCCUCGACGCCCGCAGCUCCGCCUCCUCGGGCUGCCCGUCGCCCGCGCCGCCCUCCUCCGACCCAGACGACGCUCCCCCGCAGCUGCUCCCCGAGGCCCCGGGCCGCGCGCACUGGCGGGAGCCCGAGGUGCUCGACCUGUCCCGCCAGCCCGAGCCGGGGGUCGCGGGCGCGCGCGCGCCCCCCGCCCCUGCCGCCGGCAGCCCCGGCUCGGCCCCGCCCGCCGCCGCCGGCCCCGAGCCCCCUGCCGACGCCGGGGACUGGCGCCCCGAGAUGUCACCCUGCGCCAACGUGGUCGUCACCGACGUCACCAGCAACCUCCUGACCGUCACCAUCAAGGAGUUCUGCAGCCCCGAGGAUUUCGAGAAGGUGGCCGCGGGGGUGGCGGGCACCGGCGCGGGGGGCGGCAGCGGCGGGGCCGGGAAAUGAGGGGGGCCCCCACCUCCGCGAGGCCGGGCGGGGCGGGCCGGGGUCCCCCUGCCCACCCGUGCGUGUCGCCCCGCCCACGCGCCCUCCCACCCCGCCCGCCGACCCUCUGCCUGUGCUUUGCUCGUCUCCAAACCUCUGCGUGUGGACCCCCGCCCCCUCCAGCCCCGCGCCAGGGACCCCAAAGUUGGAGCACCCCCCCAGUCCCAAGCCCGGAAGGAGGGGCGGUCCUGGGACGGGUUAGAGGGGGCUGGGCCGGGGCACCGCUUCUCUGCGCCCUCCCUGCCUGCGCACAGAGGGGCCCACUGGGGCCCCCAGAAACUGGGGUCCAGCUGCCCCUCCUCACCUCCCCACUGCCCCGUGCCUCGCCCCAGCUUGCUCCCUUUUCUUGCCCAGCUGGUUUCUCGGUGCUAACCUGGCAGCUGCGGGGGGGGGGGGGGGCCCUCCAGAGCUCCCCCAACCCGAGUGGCCGCGCCCCCCCUGGGCUGAGGCCCCGCCCCUUUCCUGAUUGCCAUCUGGAAGGUGGGGGGUGAGGAGGGCAGGGGCCGCCCCGCCCCCCCCAGGCCCUCGGUUUUCCACCAAAGGUGCUUCCAGGAGCCGCUUGGCCCCCCGCUGUCGCCCCGGUGCUGUCUGCAUCCUUGUGGGCUCCCGCCCCACCCCCCCAGUCCCACAAAACAGGGUCCAAGACCUGGGCUGUCCCCGCCCCUCCCAGCGCCCCGUGGGUGCGGCUCUGGCACCCCGUUCUUCUUGAGGUGCUAGCAGACAUGGCACGGAGAGGCAGGCAGACGGGACACCCCCCUCGCCCCCUCCCCAGGACAGGCCUCGGCCCCCCCCCCCCAGCUUCCUUACUGUGCUGCCUCCCCAGGACCCGGGCGGGAGCUGCUGGGAGGAGUGAGAAGCCGCAGGAGAACGGGGUGCGGGGUCCCCACUCAGCACCUAAGUGUGGGGUGGUUUCCUCCCAGCCCCCCUGCCCCCGCCUCCCGGGUUUGGGGGCACCUCUCCUGGACUCCACCCACCCACCCACCCUUUGUGCUGGCUUCAUGGCCAUCCAAGUGCCAAGUGGCCCGUCCCCCCCCCCAAGGGCUGGUAUGUCUCCUCUGUCUUAGAGGUGAUUCCCCCCCUCCCCGGGGGCCGAGACAGGUGACCCCAUAGAAACGUGUUUCUGAGAGAGUUCGUGGCAUUCGUGACCUUUUUUUGUAAAGAAGUUGUUUUCAGAGGUGAUUUUAUGACAGGAAAGUGAGAGUUAGUUUUGCAAGAAAAGAAAAACAAAAAAAAAAAGAGGGGGAAAAAAAGAAAUAGAAAAAAAUAAUACCGUGGGGUUCCUAGGGGAGGGGCGGGGCGGGCGGGAGAGAUAUUUAAAGAAACAAAGUAUCGCGGUGAUUGCACAUGUGAGGACUUGGGGGGGCGCCCCCUCCCAGGUCGCGGUGGCAGGGGCCAGAAACGUGGGGGUUGAGGGGAGCUGAGGGGGGGGCAGGAGCUGCUGGCUUCUUUCCCCGGCUCUGUGGGGGUCUGUCUCCCUCCCCGGCCCCCAAACACGUCCCAGAGCGUCCCUGGCCAGUAGGGGGCGCGGGCUCAGGAAGGGGGAGCUGUGUUCUCCAGGAGGGUCCCCCUCCGGGACACUGGCGUGUGGGCACAGGGUCAGGAGGAGGCCCCCUCGCCUCUCCCAGGGGUGUCCGUCGGGCCGGCAGCCCCCCAACACUUGCACGGAUCAGCCCCCCCCCCCCGCCCCCAGCCCCCUUGCUGCUUCGCUGUCUGCCUAAGCUGGCUGGAGGCUGCCGUCUGGUUCUCUUUAUUUUUAUACGUGAAAUGCCUCCCAGAGCCCGAGCCGGUCCACGUCGAAUAUUGGGGUGUCGGUCACCUCCCCGCUGUGCCUCCUGCCGGCACCUCCCGUGCCGGUGUGCAGUGAGGCAUGGGCUCCAGCCCCUUUUCUCCUCGGGCUCCGUGGGAGCUCUGCCCCUCUCUUGCCCCGAGACACCGGGGUGGGGGGCACCCCCUUUCUGAGUGGGGGGGGCACUUCUUGGCCUGGAAGGCGGCUGCGCAGCUGGGGAUGGGGAGGACCCCCCCAGGCGUGGCGGUGGGCUGCCUCCUCCUGCUUUGGGGUUCUGUUGGGUUUCUUCUUUUACUUCCUUUCGGGUUUUUUUGGGUUUUUUUUUUUUUUUUUUUUUGCACUUGGCCCGAGCCCGGCCAGAGGGUCCCCAGCCAGAGGGUCCCCCGCCUGGCCAGUCCCGCCCUGUGGCAGCACCCAUGGCCGUGUUGGCUUUCACGAUUCACUUUCGUAGGCGCGAGAGCAGGGAGGUCUGCCUUGCAUCUCCGCCUGCAUCUCCGCUUGGAGGGGGAGACCCCAGGAUUCGGGCUGCCCCCCCAGAUACUCCCCCAUCCAGAUGCAGAAAUGUAGGGAUUGGAAGAAAGGGGUCUCUGCGGGCCCAUCUUCCAGGUUGGUGGGGUCAGCACCCCACUCCUGCCGCUGGAGGCAGAAGGGGCUAAAGGGGACCCCAAGACCCCGGGUGGGGGACUACGCCCCCCGCAGCCCGGGCUCGGGGAGGUGCAAGGCAGGGAGACUCGGUUCUAAUUUAAAGAACAUGGAGGCCGACGGAAUGGGUCUUGGACCCGCGCGUGGCCAUCACGGAGGGGUCCCGGUUACCCCAGGGGUCCCGUGCAGGGGUGGGGCCACGCCGCCUUCCUCCAUGGGACCAUCCAGCUCCCAGCUGGCUAAACCUGGCCCCCCGCUGGCACCGCUGACCUCUCCCAGUCCAGUGGGGUGUGGGAGGGGGGCUCCCAGCCUGCUGGGGCGGGGACCCCCCGCAGGGCAGGCUGGGCAGUGAAGGGCUGCCCGGGGGUGGGGGUGGGGGUGGGGGGGUGGGUUUUGGUUCUUUUGUUCCUGAUUUGGUUCUUGGGGGAGGGCGGGGCUGUGCCGAAUUUUCUCUCUCGUCUUGUACGUUUUUUUUGUUCCGCUGCUCUUCAAUAUCGUACCAAUGCCAGGAAGGGGGGUGAAAGCCUCCCUCUUGCCCUCCCCCAAAUAAAUGGUCACAUUCCGAAGCUCA